AUAUCUCUCCAAAACUGCUGAUAUCCAUGAUCUUGUCCUUAAUCCACCGAUAUCCUUAUUUACUCCCUGAAAUCCGCCGAUAUCCUUCCAAAUGUCAUGAUAUCCCCGACAUCCUUCCAACUCUUCCAAUAUCCCUCUUAAUUACGCCAAGUCUCUCAUUAUCCUCUUUAAUUCCUCCUGAUCCUCAUGAUUAAAGUUUUAAAGAAAUAAAAGGUAUAAAUGGUGUCUAUCAUGUUUUUAGGUCUUUAACCCCAUUACCCUGAGUAAUUAUUGUUUAAGCUUAUCGAUGGCAGGGUAAUUAUUUGAGUAUAUACAGUAUAUCUUAAUUUUUAGUGGAAUGCAUAAACUUAAAUUAGCUUUUGCUUCUCAAUCAUCACAAGAACAUUGCCGCUUAAUACAUGCAAUAAUGGCUAAACAUGCAGAAACUGAAAGAACAUAUUUAUGUUGCUUUAAAAGAAUUAUGGACAGAUAAAGGAGUCCAAUCUGCAAUGAGUAGAAAAUCAGAAUUUUAUGUCCCAGAUUGUGCUCAACAUUUUUUGGAUUCCCUUGACAGAAUUAAUGAUCAAAAUUAUAUUCCGACAACACAAGAUAUUCUUUUCCUUAGAGUAGCUACAAUGGGGGUAAUUGAAGUUAGAUUUCAAAUUAAAGAAAAAAUUUGGAGAGUAUUUGAUGUUGGGGGGCAACGUUCACAAAGGAAAAAGUGGAUACAUUGUUUUGAUGAUGUUAGGGCUUUAAUUUUUGUGACGGCAAUGAGUGAAUUUGAUCAAGUCUUAAUGGAAGAUGGAACUACUAAUCGUUUACAAGAAUCCUUACAAUUAUUUAAGCAAGUUUGUAAUAAUAAAUAUUUUAUUGAGACUUCUAUAAUUCUCUUUUUAAAUAAAAAAGAUUUAUUUGCUGAAAAAAUGAGUCAAGGACGGUCUUUAAGAAUUGCUUUUAAAGAAUUUAAUGGUCCAGAUAAUUACGAAUCAAGCUCUAGAUAUAUCGAAAAGAAAUUUUUUAUGGCAAAUGAAGUCCCUAAUAAAUCAAUUUAUUGCCACCAUACUUGUGCAACAGACACUAAACAAGUCCAAUUUGUUCUCGAUUCUACACUUGAUGUUAUUUUAAGUUCAAAAUUAAAAGGAUGUGGAUUAUAUUAAAUAAAAAUAAUUAUAUAAAUAUCUCUCUCUACAUAUUUUUAAUUUAAAAUAUUUAAUUACCGUAAAUUUUGAAAGCUGUGGGGGAUGGGAAAGAGGGAGAAGGGGGAGGGGUAUUUUAUGUUUCUAACCCCUUCAAAAGGGAAACUUUAUUUUAAACGGUGAAUUUACCUCAAUCGGUGGCUUUAUAAUUCAAAAUAAAUUUUAUAAAUUUAAAAAUCUUUUGAUUUACUAAAUAAAAUUUUACUUAUAAUGUAUAAAUAUGUACAUGUAUUAAAAAUACAUUUAAACUUCAUCUUGAGAUUCCAGAAAUUUUUUCUUUAGAAAUUCCAAACUCCUAAGUUUGGUUAAGGCAAAUUUUUAAUAAAUUUUUUUCUCAAUGUGUUCCAUAGAGAGUUAUGACAUUGAAUUUGAUGUUCUUCUAACGACAAGUAUCCGUGAGCACUGGGCGACGUCUUUACCGACUCCUUCGGAGGCUUGUUGGGAGUAAGGAGAUUAAGGGACAGAAAGCUUCUCUCGCGCAAUUCGUAAACUGCCAUUUUUGGACGAAAAUAACGAAAAUGGAUUUGAUAUUAUUGGACGUAGCAACUUAAAAUAAGCAAAGGUCUUAUUAAGUCAAAAUUUGAAAAAUUUUCUCUCCGGAGACUGGAAUGGAGGUUCAGCGCCGCAGGCAAAGACGGGAGUUGAGACCUUCGUUUCGUAAAAAUGAAAUUUAUUUUUUACAUUUCGUAGAGAGCAAAAUUUUAUUUUCCCCAUCUUUGGUGUUAACCUCCUGGGUUUGACCCAAUACAAUUUGC